AUGGAGCCCCUGGAAUCGGUGACGUUUGAAGAUGUAGCCGUCGACUUCACCCAGGAAGAGUGGAGCCUGCUGGACAAGUCUCAGAAAAACCUGUUCCGAAAUGUGAUGAUGGAAACUAUCACCCACCUGGUCUCUGUAGGCUAUCCGAUCAGCAAAUCAGAUGUGAUUUUCCAGCUGGAACAAGGGAAAGAGUUGUGGACUGAAGCAGCAGACCUCCAAGGUCAGAGUCCAGACAGUGAAAGUCUCUUUAGACAACAAGAAAUUAUAUUAAUGCAAAGUGUCUACUGGAAGCACACAUCCCCAACCAGGACGAUGGGGAGUAACACUACAUGUGUUUGCAACCAACACUGGACACACUUUAACAGGAAACUAUUAUCGGCUGAUGCUCUAGGGUGA